UAACAGCUUGACACAUGACAAUUUUCAUUCUCUUCUCGAUUUAACAGUUACAAAACUGAAAAGGAUUCCCUAGGAAUAAUAAGGCAGGAAUGGUCUGAGACAGUACAAAAAUGGCGGCACCAUUCAAUGACGCCACCAAAGACAUACCUGGAUAUAAAAUCAUCCUGAAGUCGGUACUCAAAAGUCAGAUUCAACAUUUGGUUGAGCAGUUGGCAGCUAAUACGGAUGAAGAGUCAGUGAUUCUCACAGCCAGUGUUUCUGAUGGCACACUCAGUCAUCUUGGUUCACAGUCCGGCAAUGAUUUUUUGAACGAUCACGAAGACAUAAAACUACAAUUCCUCGGCUUUUGUCUAAAAAAUCACUAUGAACGGAGGCUUGAAAUGCAACGGCAAGAAACAGAAACCUAUUCGCAUGAUUCAAAAACACAGUAUAUGAGUAAUUUCGGGGACGACAAUGAAACUUACACAGCGACCACAUUCAUUCCACCACCAACAAGUGACUCAGUUUACAACGUAACAGCAAAACCUUUACCUUGCAGAUCCCCAGCGAGAUCUCCGCGGGUAAGAUUUGAACCUUACAUGUCACCGAAGCGGUCUAGAAAAUAUCUAUAUAACCUCCACCAAGACCGGUAUAGAAAUCAUGUGUUUGGCCAGUCUGUAUUUAAUGUUCCGAAUGAACAUUUACCUGAUGAGGGAAAUGUCGAUAUUGAUGAAUCUAGCAAAGUAGUUGAACCCACAAAAGAAAGUACUGAUUUUCCUUUCUCUCGACCUAGUUUGAAAACAGAGUCUUGCGGUGUAUCUGACCAAACAUUGACUAAAUGUGACAAUGACUCUGGAUUAAGUGAAAUAGACAAUGUGCCUGAAUCUAAAUUUAAAGAAUCUGGAAAUAUGUUGGAGCCAGGUAAUAAAAAUCCCAACCAAGAACAGAAAGAUUAUCGUCAUGACGCAACUGAAAAUGACGUGAGCGAAGACAUUGAUGAUGAGGAUGACACUACUUGUUCAACAUCGGCUCAGCAGUGUGAUGGUUCGAAUUUCAGUAUUUCUUCAACUGAAGCAAAUCAAAAUCAGAAGGACAUAUUGCAAAUUAUAAAAGGCAAUGGGAGUGGUAAAUUUUUGAAUGUCGAAAAACAUUCAAAAUGUAGUAGAGUAGAACCAGAUUUGCACGCAGAUAGAGAAGGAAUAAAGACCCCGAAUUCUGUAACAAAAAGUCAAAUAAAAGCAAAUGGAAGUAGUAAGUGUAAUGAAAAUACCGAGAAAACACAGGAGAUGCAAGAUACUGCAAAAAUGUCUGAUAAUUCAUCGGCUUCAGCUAAUAAUAAGGGCGAUCAAGACAAUCAUGAAUCAUAUUUGUCCAGGUUGCGAAGUUCCAGAUCUCUACAACGGAAGUACGAAGUAAAUAAUGCUUUGAAGUUGUCACAUGCUAGGCGGGCAUCUAGACGAGGUGCAGGCAGGGAACAUCAUGCACGUGUUUCAUGUUCACUAAGCACGGAUAUUGCUGUAUCUAACACAUGUGACACUUCAGCAACGAAUACAGAAUCCGAAUACGAAAAUUCGGAGCUGCAAGAAAAUGGUCACUGUAAUAUCAAGGUCGAAACCCCAAAGGAUCCUCUGAGAAAUCCUCAAUGCAAUAAGAAGGAGAUCCGUGUCAAAGACAAUGAAGAAGAGAGCGAACAAGAACAGGAUAGAAAGGAGAAGGAAGUAAUGAAACCAGAACUUAUCAAACAGGAAACGAAUUCUGAUUCUGAAUCAGAAUUAGAAAUCAUUGCUAUAGAGCCCGGAAGUGUGUUCUUAUUCAAAGACAGUUUAUCUAAACUGAAAAAGCCGGAAGACACGGGUGCAAAACAGAAGAAAGUGUUUAUUAAACGUGGGAGAAAGCUUGGAGUUAAAAUGAAAAAGAAAACUACUGGUGAAAAUGAAGAGCAAGUUUUUCAAAGGACCAAUUCAAAUACCGAAGGGAGAUUGUGUCCUCCGGCCCCAUAUGUGACAAAAUUGCGAAGAUUUAAAUCAUCAGUUGCUAAAAUUAAACCAUGUUCUUCAUCACUUUCAAUCUCUGGAGAAUGUUCCAGCCGGGAAUCAAGUGACAGAUUGCCUAUUACAAAGUUGACAACCUUCAAUUCUGGUAUAGAACGUUCUGCCGGACCGAGCGCAAAUAGAGAUGAAGUUUAUGUAGAGUCAAUAUCAGAAACAGAAAUCUCAUCCACACAAAAUUUAAAUUCUAAUGAAGCUGGUGAAUUCGAAAUUUUAGAGGUAGAUGAACCAGAUAGUUCUAAUCUUUCUGAUGUAAAAGCAAACAAAUCGGACCGAAAUUUUAUAGAUGAAGACACCCCAUCUCCCAUUUCUUUGUCCAACAGUUACCUGGAAUCUGAAGAUUAUAACGAUGAAAUGACUUCUGAUUCGUCAGUAUCUUUGACUCGCUUUUCAAAAUUUGCAAUGGGGACCCACCAAACAGAGCAAGACCCUGUAAGUAAUAGAGUAGACUCGAAUGUUAAUGCUAAAUUGAAGAGACUAAGAUCUAAACUGAACUUGCAAAUUUCUCAAGUACGAUCUGGUAGGACAGAGUUAAACAAGGACAAAUGGGGAAGUAAAAGUUUAAAGACGAAGAAAUUACUUUUCCGUGACGUUGCUUCAAAGAAAGGAAUAAGGUUAGCAAAGCAGCAAAGAAAAAAGGGUAUUCACAAACAUAGACGCAAAAGAAAAGAAAGAAAAUUAUUGAAAUUAGGAAUAAAAGUAGACCCUGAAACGUAUUGUUACACCAUUGCACCAUCAACUGCUGAGUUACAAGAUUCAUCAUCCAGUCAGAGUAGAAAUCGAAUACCGUCAAUGAUCUUUACAAAGUUGUCAUUGGAUUCUCAGAUGAAGUCUUUGAGCCUUAGUAAUGACGACCAAUCAACACAAUCUCCACAAACGAUCAAGUCUCAAAGAGACAGCAAAGAACAUGAUAGGAUGUUUAGUCAAGAGCAGAUUCACUGUACGGACCAGGAUGUAUACCAUGAAUAUCGACCAGUUCAGAAACAGGAUUCCAGCUCAGAACAAAAGCAUGGUUCGGAGUCAGAACAAAACCAAAGUCUGGAUUCAAACCAGACGCAUGUUUUGGUCUCGACGGAAAACCAACGUUCAAAACAGAAGUAUGUUUUAGGGUCUGAACAAAAUCAGGGUCCGAAAUCACAACAAGGACUAGAUUCUGAAGCAGAACAAACGAAGGUUUUUGAGGACAAUAAACAGGCUCUCGUGGAUACCAUGGUACUUCAAAAACAGCCGGAUGUCGACUGUAGCUUAUUUGAAAAGUUUACUACAAGAACCUUUAAUCACAUAGUAUAUGACCCUAACUGCGCAUUAACAAAAGAAGGUAUGCAGUUGGAAAACGAAAGAAAACAUCUAAAUAAAGCAAACAAUGAUAAUGUGAGUGAAAACCAUGGAAAUAAUUCAGUUGAGAAUAAUGGUAUGCAACCACAUGAAAGCAAAUGCGUCAGAGACAACGGUGAUGAUAGAAGCAGUGGGACUGCAAAUCCUGGUAACGGCAAUAAAAAGAAUACUAACUUGUCAAAUAUAUUUGUGUGUUCUUCUGAAAAUAACGUCAGAGACAACGAUGCUGAUGGAAGCAGUGGGACAGCAAAUCCUGGUUACAGCAACAACAAGAAUUCUACCUUGUCAAAUAUACCUAUAUGUACUUCUGAAGUAAACUUUUUACCUUCAUCACUAAGAUUUACAAUAAGUAAAUUAACAGGUUAUGACAGUACUGUGCCCCACAGCAAUGAUAUCUUACAAGCUUCUGACAAAAUAUGCACAUCAUCUCCUCGAUCAAACAUUGACAAAGGCCCCGGAUUUCAAAAUAAUGGCAGCGCUAAUACAAGUGCAACUGAUUAUAUUUUAUCAUUUAAGCAAUCUGUUCCGAACGUCAACGUCGAAAACUCCCAGUCGCAAAGUACAUGCCCCGUCAAUAAUCCUUACGUGGAAUCUCCAUUACUUAUUUCGAGCUGUAUGCUAAAAGCUCACGAAUUGUUCGAGGAUAAGCAAUGUGCGAGGUCCAGUAAAGAGUCGACGAGUGUAGACUAUGUUGAAUGCAAAGACUCAUGUCAGCUUAAUUCUGUCCCUGAGGAAAGACAGGAAAUCCAUUUGCGGCUGAAUUCAUUUAACACCGGACUACAUGAUAGUUCGGAUAUGUUAGUCAAUGGCUACCAUGAUAACUCAGACAAUGUUGUGGAAGAUAGUUCUAGAUCAUUGUCAUUACCAUCCUUGACGGAUACUGUAACAUCAUUAGCAGCAGCAUCAGUAGCAGCAGCAUCAGUAGCAACAACAUCAAUAGCAGCAGCAGAAACCUCUCCUUUAACAUUGUCAUUGUCAUCGCUUACGACAUCGUCAUGUUCAUUGUCAUUGUCAGUAUCGCGAUCGUUAAACUCAUCACCAUCAUCAUCGCCUUUGACAUCGUACCUGUCAUCACCUGUGCCAUCAUCAUCGCCAUCGUCUUCAACAUCUUCAUCUUUAUCAUCACCAUUAAUCCCAAAAUUUUCAAAUGAAAAUGACAGCGAGAUAACUGAUGUAAUCAGAGCAAAUAAUAAUAAAGAUCAUAUACAAUCGACACAGCAAGAUUCUUACAGAAAAGGUAAAUAUCAGCAUGAGGACUCCGAAUACUUUCGGAAUGAUCACAAACAACCAGCUUAUAUAGACACUCAGUGUGACAUAAAUAACGUAGAAGAUUGCUAUUUCCACUGUAAUUUAAAGAUCAAGAGGGAAAAUGAAGACAUACUCCUUGUAGCAGAUGGUCAAAACAAAAAUGAAUCUGUUCAAGUGACAUCUGGAUCUGACGUUCUACGUUUCAAUGACUUAGAACCACUUGAGGCAAAUCUUAGCUCAGAAACAGAAAUAUUUCAAGAUUCUGCAGAAGAGAGUAUACCUGACAACAAAAGUGAUGGCAAUGCCAAAAAUCAAGAAGAAGAGCCAUCCUUUUCAGAGUGUAUGGUAAAUUCGAAAUACACAUGUGAUACGUGUGGAAUGAUGUUUCAAUUUAAAUCCACAUUGACUGAACACAUGGGAACUCAUACAGGGAAAAAUAAACAUAUGGGAGUUCAUGCAGGAGAAGAACUUUGCACAAGUAGAAGAAAGAAGCCCGCUCGACCAGUAGUACAUGCAGAGCAUUGCACUUCAAAGAAGAAGAAAAGUCAGAGAAAAUAUUUAAUGGAAAAUCGCUCCAUAUUCCGUUCAAAGAAACGAAGACGUUUCACUUGCACAUACUGCGGGAGAAAAUACUGUUUGAAGUCAAGUUUAGAGAAACAUAUCAAAUGCGACCAUGUAAGAGAAAUCUACUCAAAAUGCCAAGUAUGUGGUUCAAGUGUUGAAAAAAAUAAUACGGAUAUCAGCAUCAAGGGCAGUAUCCGUACCAACAUACCCGACAAUGGAAAACUUGCCGCUUUACCCAGUUAUUGUGGACAUCCUGCUUUACUUCACGAUAGUAACAAUUCCAUCGUACUUAACGACUGUAGCACAUCUUGUGGACAUAACAUUAGUGAAUAUCCCACUUUACGUACUGAUAAUAGUCUUCCCGCCAUUCGUAACGAUAGUGACUAUUCUAAAGGACUUAACGGUAGUAAGUCCCAAAGUAAAUCUAAAAAGUAUGCCACUGUAUGUGAAAAAUGUAAAUAUUUGUUACAAUCUGAAACAGAUUCACGAGCUGAAAAUGAUAACCAGCAAGUGCCAAUUGAAAGACACACAUCUAUGAAAAAUGAGUCGGAGAAAGAUGGAGGUGGAAGUAACAACAUCGGAAUUACUGAAUCAUGUGAAUGCGAUUUAUGCGAGAAAAAAUUCUCAUCCAAAAACAGCUUAAAAGUUCAUGUUCACACGAUUCAUUAUGGGGAACUUUUCAAAUGCAACAUGUGCAGGAAAACGUUUACAAUGGAAGAGAAUUUUGAACGUCAUAAGCGAGAAAUCCAUGAAAACAAGAGGUCGGACUUUGAAGAUAAUAGAAGUGUGGUAAAGUCAAAAUAUCACUGUGGAGUUUGUGGACUCCCGUUUAAAGGAAGUAUGCAACUUAGAAUACAUAUGGGAAUUGUUCAUUCCAAAAAGCGUUUCAAAUGUCACAAAUGUAAGAGGACGUUUAGUUAUAAAGCUUGUCUAAAGCGCCAUGUUUUAGCAAUUCAUUCAUAAAAUUAGUAUAGUUCAAAUGUUCGCUUUUGCCUUACUCAGAGAAGUACACUUGAAAAAUAAAACAUUAAAGAAAAAAUAUUUUGUUCCAAAUUCAAACGCGCUGCAACGGUUGUGUGUGAAAACAUGAAUUUAUGUUUACAAGGAGCACAUCGAAAACAAUUACAUUUCGUGAUGUCUGUUUUAUAACAUAUGUGUUAGAUGCUCAAAAAUGUUAUUGCACCGACAUAGAAUAACGAAAUAAUGCAAUGUCAGGCUUGCAUUGUCUGUAUUAAGAGUUAUUAUUUAUAUUACAUCUUAUAUGACAAGAAGGUUUAGCAUUAUGUUUUAGCAUUAUGUGUUUUGGAUAGGGUUGUGUCUGUGUUGAAAUUCCAAGGGAAGCUGUACAGAAUAGGUUUCUUCACUUAUUGAAAAAAAUACUCUAUUUAGAGGCUUGGUGAAAAAUCUGCCCUUGCAAAACGUAUUUCGUUUCUAAGUUAAUAUUAUAAACACAUAUAUCUUAAAAACAUAAGGAGAAUAUUUGUCUGUUUCAGCGUAAUGUCGAAAUAUAUUUCACCAAGUGAAUACCAAAGGCACUACUCUCAUGAGUUGUUUAGCCAUAAAUUGGUGAAAAAGUAUGAUCUAGCAUUCACGAGGGAAACAAACAUAUUUUCUUUCAAUUUUCUGGUCUUUUCAAUGUUUCUAAAUAAGUUAAACCCAUUUGUCCUGCCCAUAUUAUGUACUAUAUUUGGUAUUCUUAAAUACAGAAUAUACCAUUAGAAUGAUCUGUCAUGUAAUAAAUGCGUACUAACCCAUACAAAAGGAAUAAAUUACAAUAAAGUAUCAUCAUAAUAUAUUUUAAAUAACUUAAAGAUACCAACAACAAAGGUUUUGUAUGCUCUUUACUAUUAGUAAAAAUUGAUUUUUAAAUUUCAAGUGUAGCGCAUUAAGUAAGUGUGGUAAUUUUGUGGUAAAAUAGUUUAUUGCUUUUUGAUGACAAUAUGUUAAAAAGAACAAUACUAUGUUUAAAAUAUUAAUCUUAAACGUGUCGCAUAACAGAAAUGUGUAAUUCGUUUUGCUUUCCAUCUUGUAGGCGUAAAUCUUAAUUAACAUUAACUUGUCUUUGCUAGGAUCUCAUAUACACAAAUGGUUUAACAUAUUUUUGUUUUAAAAAUUCACUAAUUGGGUCAGCGGGUGUUCGCUUUUUCAUAACUUUUCUAUUUGGGGAGCCUUUGCAGUUGCUAUCGAUGUUUAACGUGAUUCAUUUUCCUAUGUGAGCAUUGUCCGUUUCCUUUCAAUGCAAGUAGGAACCUUAUUUUUUGACGUAUAUUGUAUUCAAACAGACAUUUUGUCCGACUUUACAAUUGCCUUGUUUAAAGUACUUUAAGCAGUGGCUUUUACUUGUCCACUUGUUUUAUCACUUCAUGAAUUAAAGCCACAACUGAAGUGUUUUAAGGUAAUUUAAAAAAUAAGGUACAUAUCUGUCAAUUUAGACGACCACUCCCCCCACCCCCCACAAUAAAAAGAAGAAAGAA